AUGGCUUCUUUCCCUGCACAACAGUCUUAUCCUUCUAAUGUCCAGCUUCCUCGCAAGCUGCAACGUCCAUCAUAUGCUGAGGUUCCUAGACAAAAUAUUGCUGCUAUCGCACCUGAACUCUCAGAAGUACCCAUGGACUACGUCCGUCGCGGUCUGAAGCUGCAAGCAAACCAGAUGUUGGCUGGUAUCGCAGCACUUUCACCAUCUCACUUGCCUCCGAGCAUGCCUCGCUCGCAGUUGCACCACUCCCCUAGUCUAACCAUUCCAAUUCGGGCAUCUGGCUCCUCCUCUUCCUACCCCACACACAUACUUGCACUCUCCAGAUCAUCCAGCUCUUCCGAUCCGUAUGUGACCCUCGUGGCCACCCAUUCGCUUAUUCUCGCAUCUAAUUGCGCUUCCCUCCCCCGCCUCCCCCCAUCAGCUUCAUCUCAUGGCGCUACUGUUAGCGUCACUCUUCCAGUACUUCCUCUCACUAUACCCGCCCCGGCAGCAUUCAGCCCCUUGCACACUUUCCUCUACACUCAUUCAGCACCUCAACUGCUCUCCGCACUCCUUCCGGCUGUCCCGGGCUCUUUCUUGUCUACCCUUACGUCACCACAAGCACUCCGAGGCACACUUGCCUCCGGGCCUGCACUCCACACGCUUUCCGCGCACCUGAUGUCAUCUGCCCCUGGUAUGAGUGCACUUACCAACGUCGCCCAGAACAUCGCGGCUGUGUGGAGAAACGCAGUUGCACUAGGCGUGCAUGAUCCCGAACUCUGGGACUGCCUUGACCUCGCAUGGGAGGUCAUAUUGGGUGCUAUGAACCUCGGUGCCGGAGCGCGCUAA